CCGGAGCCGGAGCCCGAGCGGCGCGGCCUGGAAGAGGCCGGAUCCCGGGGGAGGCGGCAGCAGCGGCAGCGGCGGGGGCAACCCGGGCAGCCCGAGCCCCGCGGCCUGGGCCUGCGCUCGGCGCCAUGAGCGGUGGCGCGCCUUCGGGGGGCGGCCCUGGGGGCUCGGGCCGGGCGCGGACCAGCUCAUUCGCGGAGCCAGGCGGCGGCGGCGGCGGCGGCGGUGGCGGCCCCGGGGGUUCGGCCUCUGGCCCAGGCGGCAGCGGCGGCGGGAAGACGUCAGUCGGAGCCAUGGGCGGGGGCGUGGGGGCCUCGAGCUCCGGGGGUGGUCCCAGCGGCAGCGGCGGAGGAGGCAGCGGCGGCCCCGGCGCGGGCACCAGCUUCCCGCCGCCCGGAGUGAAGCUGGGCCGUGACAGUGGGAAGGUGACCACAGUGGUAGCCACUCUAGGCCAAGGCCCAGAGCGCUCCCAGGAGGUGGCUUACACAGACAUCAAAGUGAUUGGCAGUGGCUCAUUUGGGGUCGUGUACCAGGCACGGCUGGCAGACACGAGGGAAUUGGUGGCCAUCAAGAAGGUUCUCCAGGACAAGAGGUUCAAGAACCGAGAGCUGCAGAUUAUGCGUAAGCUGGACCACUGCAAUAUCGUGAGGCUGAGAUACUUUUUCUACUCCAGUGGGGAGAAGAAAGACGAGCUUUAUCUAAAUCUGGUGCUGGAAUAUGUGCCCGAGACGGUGUACCGGGUGGCCCGCCAUUUUACCAAGGCCAAGUUGACCAUCCCUAUCAUCUAUGUCAAGGUGUACAUGUACCAGCUCUUCCGGAGCUUGGCCUACAUCCACUCCCAGGGUGUGUGUCACCGCGACAUCAAGCCCCAGAACCUGCUGGUGGACCCCGACACCGCUGUCCUCAAGCUCUGCGAUUUUGGCAGUGCAAAGCAGCUGGUCCGAGGAGAGCCCAACGUCUCCUACAUCUGUUCUCGCUACUACCGGGCCCCAGAGCUGAUCUUCGGAGCCACUGAUUACACCUCGUCCAUCGAUGUGUGGUCAGCUGGCUGCGUACUGGCCGAGCUCCUCCUGGGCCAGCCCAUCUUCCCUGGGGACAGUGGGGUAGACCAGCUGGUGGAGAUCAUCAAGGUGCUGGGAACACCAACCCGGGAACAGAUUCGAGAGAUGAACCCCAACUACACGGAGUUCAAGUUCCCCCAGAUUAAAGCUCACCCCUGGACAAAGGUGUUCAAAUCCCGAACGCCACCUGAGGCCAUCGCGCUCUGCUCUAGCCUGCUGGAGUACACACCGUCCUCAAGGCUCUCCCCGCUGGAAGCCUGUGCCCACAGCUUCUUUGAUGAACUGCGAUGUCCUGGAACCCAGCUCCCCAACAACCGCCCGCUUCCCCCUCUCUUCAAUUUCAGUCCUGGCGAACUCACCAUCCAACCAUCUCUCAACGCCAUUCUCAUCCCUCCUCACUUGAGAUCCCCGGCGGGCACUGCCUCCCUUACCCCAUCCUCACAAGAUUUCCUGUUUCUCUUGGGGAAGAAAAUAAGACUGGGCAGCAGUGGGCCUGCCUCUGCUCAGGGCAGUAUUACCAGCUGGAGCUGAGUUCCAGCUGCCCCUGUUCUGUGGGGCCUGGCUUUCUGCUUUAAGUGAGGCUCAGACCGGCCCAGACUGGCAGUCGACCGAUGCCACAGCUCCCCUCACUAACUCUUCCUGAGGGCGCCACCAACUACCCUUCCAUCUGGGAGCCCCCAGUGGGGCUGGGAAGGGGGGCCAUAGCCUGUCAAGCUCCUGCCCUGACUGGGCCCCUAGACUAGAGGGCAGAGGUAAAUGAGUCCCUAUCCCCACCUCCAGUCCCUCCCUCACCGGCCUCACCCCUGUGGUGGGCUUUUUAAGAGGAUUUUAACUGGUUGUGGGGAGGGAAGAGAAGGAAGGACCGGGGAUUUGGGGGGGGGUGGCAUGAGGACCUCCUACCCCCUCAGCUCCCUCCCCUCCCCCCAGGUCUCCACCUCCUCCAACCCCCCUCCCCUCCUGUAUCCCUUGUAAAUAGAACCAGACCAGCCCUUCUCCUCCUCUUCCCUUCCCUGGCCCCCGGGUGUAAAUAGAUUGUUAUAAUUUUUUUCUUAAAGAAAAUGUCGAUUCGCACCGUCCAAACUGGCCCUUUCCCCUCCAACAGCUGUGUCCCCCCGUCCUGUCCUCUGCCCCUAAGGCCUCCUCCCUCCUCUCCCCAUCCUGGAGGGCAGGGGCAGUGGGGGAGCCCCUGAUGUCUUAGUUUCCACAGUAAGGUUUGCCUGUGUACAGACCUCCGUUCAAUAAAUUAUUGGCAUGAAAACCUG